AUGCAGCAAAGAAUUGAUGGAGAUAUGGUUGAUACAAGCCCCGGACAUCCAAUACAUCUUAAAAAAAAAGUGAAACGAGAAGACAUUAAGAAGCAAGUGGAGAGAAUAUUGAGUUUAAGAUCCAAUGCAAGCCAUGACCCUAAAUCUCCUUCAAACUACCCUUCCCCAUCUCUUCCAGUAAUUGAGUGCAGGGAUAUUGCACCGCAUUGUGUGGUGGUUUGGAUG